CUACUCCAAAGCGACGUCAAAAUGAGAACUCUACUGGUUCUGAUAGCCGUUUUCGCGAUCGUUUCUGCUGUACCUCCGAGAUUCAGGAACAGGUUUGCCAGGAUCGAGACUGCUCCGGUGCCUCAUACCAUAUACGGGCCACCAACUCAACCAUCACCGUCGUACGGCCCACCAGUAGAAGUCACCACCACCGAAGCACCGACCACCACGGAGCCGGCAAGUGAGCCUAUCGAUACGUCUGCUCAAAGCGGAAAGUUGCUAGCUAACAACUUUUACUACAUCUAUCACCCUAACGGGUUGCUCCAGAAGGUUUCAUACUCGACCAAAGACGACCAAAGACGGAUGGAGUUUAGCGCCAAGUUGACGUACGAAAACGUCGAACCUAUCAGCGGCCCCGUUUACACCUACGACCCUCAGACCUACGUUUUGAGACAGCUCCAGAAAUAAUCGAUGUUGUAUUUAUUCCCUCUAUUAUAUAAUUAAUAAAGUUGAAAUCGCGAUGGAGUCUGUGCAAUUUUUGUCGCUUUCGCCAACGGGAACGUAAACGCGAUAAACGGUUUUUUCGGGGAGGGAAAUUAAUUU